AGUUACCAGGGCAAGAGGCCAAUGGAGUCUCCGGGCAGUUUUGAUCAGCUGACAAACUGCCCGAAGCCAGUGGAGUUUUUAAAUGGCAUGUGUUCUAAUGGAGGAACUGGAAUCCACAGCCAAGCAAGAGAGCAUUGCAGCUCAAAGAGACAGAGAAGAAGGGCUCAAAAUUUUACUGACAAUGACCUACAAACCCUUCUGGAUGAAAUGCAGCCAAGGAGGGACAGAUUGCUUGGUGUGCAUGGCAGGAAACCUCAAAAACCUAUUUCACGUGCUAUGUGGAGGGAAGUGGCAAUGGCACUGAAUGCCACCUCUCUCACCUCCAGGACUGCAGACCAAUGCCGGAAAAAGUUCAAUGAUCUGACAAGAGCAGGCAAGGAGAAACUCAUGCACAAUGCCCGCGAGAGGCAGGAGUGCAGAGUGGGCAUUCCCAACAUUAAGGAGCUCACCCCCUAUGAGGAACAGGCCGUGGAACUGCUGGGUAGGCAGUGUGGUCUUGCCGUAGUGGCAGAUGGAGAAAUCGGUGUAACGGUGCAGACUCCAGAGCCAUCACAGCAGUGGGGGCCAGAGGAUGAUGAUGAUGAUGAUGAUGAAGAGGAGGAGGAGAAACUAUGCUACCUCAUUAAUUAUGAUGAUGAGGAAGAGGAUGACGAGAGCAAGCCAGAUCGUGAGUCCCUGAAGCUUGAUACAGCACCAUUUUCCACUGUCCCCAUGCCGUCAAUUUCACCCCCUGCAUCUUUGGCCUUCUCACUCCCACGGUCCGGCUCUGAUAUGGUCACCAGGGCACGGUUGGACAGUGUUAACGAGGAAGUGGCACUGAGUGAUUCCCAAGGCAUCAGGGAAUCGGAUGAGUGGGGAAUGGGUGAGGACAUGCCACUUCCCCAGAGGAGGCCAAGGAGAAGGAUGCCCCUGACCUCAGAUCCCUGGGAUUCUGAUUUCAUGGGCACUCGCCCGAAGAGAAGGAUGUUCAAUGAGCAUCAUACUUACGUGCAGGCUCUGCGCUCAGUCUUCGAAGAUGUGCAGCAUCUGACAGCUGUGACUUUGGAGUCUACAGCCCUCAUUUGCAACAGCAUCAAAGAAGCUUUCACUUCGCUGCAGUCAUCAAUGGAACACGUGGCAGCUUCAUUAGACUCUGCAGCACACCCCAACUUCAGAAAUGCACAGGAACCAGUCCAUGCCCCCACUCCCACAGAAGUGCAAAAUGCUGCCUUGUCAGUAAUUGGGGAGAAAAUAGACAGCACUCUACGUGUUGGUUUUCAGAGUCUUGGGGCUGGGAUCCAAGCUGCUGUGUCUCACGGCUUUCAGGAUCUAAUAGCUGCCAUUAAACCACCUAUUCCAGUGGUCAAUGGGAAUGCAAAUACAGGGCUUAGUGCAAUGCCAAUGUCUGACAGUAACCUGCCUGGAGCAGCUAGUUCUCAGGACAGCCACACAUGGCAGACCUCUGACCCACCCUCCCACAGAAUCAAGCCAGCAGAAUUCAAGAAGCGAUACCAGACUGUUCAUACAGAAGCCCACAAGAUGCAGCCAGUGGUGGCUCCCUGCCAGGAACAAGCUGCCCUAGGAGGUGGACCACCUCAGUCCCAUGAGCCUUUUGUAGCACAGGAACUGCCAAUGCCCUCAUGUGAUACUCGGGUUGCACCAAGGAGAAACAGUCGAAUAGGAGACAGAAAGACCCGUUUAGGUACUCCAGGAAAACCCUGCAUAAAAAGGAAGUAGGAUGACAUAGUUACUGUAUGGGUUGCUUGUAAUAAAAGAGAAUGUGCACUUACUUUGUGCUGAGGUAUUCAAAUCCGAUAAGAUGUGGGUGGUCAUGUGGAGCAAACAAUAAUGUGAUGAUCAAGGAUGGGUACCAGAGUGAAGGAUUUAUCACUUGUCUGAAGAUGGGGAGCUGUUUGGAGGUGUUAUUGAAGUUGUGGUAAUAAUGCUAUCCUCUGAUUAGACAAGAACAGCCCAGAUUGUAUGGUCAUUAAGGAGUCCUUGUAGCAAAGGUCACCCUGAUUCUCUCCUCCAUAAUGCUCUGCCUCCAGAACAACUAAGCCCAGCUUCCCAGGCAAAUAGCUAUUGAUAUCCAAGUCUAUAGUUUUAGAUUGCUGUUGUGCGGGCCACAACGAGCAUUAAGUAUAUGGAGCAUAUGAACUGGAGUACGUCGGACCUGCUACUCUGAAACCCAGUGGUCCUCUCAGUGACCAUUCUGGUAAAAGUGCAGACCUUGGUGUAUUGCUUCUCACUAUUCCCAUACCUCUUAGUGAGGUCAUUAACCAUAGCAGCAAGGUUUAGACAGUAUCCCUCAAAGCUGUUAUUGACAUUAUUGUUUAACAACAAUGGCAAUGAAUUACUACAUCAUGGCAACUACAUGCACGUCUCCCAUGGAGAAUUCUUUUGCAUGCUGUUGCACUCAAUCUUGGCAUUCAAGGCGUGAAAACGCUCAGGGUUUGUCACUGGCAGAGAAGGUUAAUGCUAACCAUGGGAGCUCGGAAAGCCAUGUUGAUGCCAAAUUAAGUGAUAUUACAAUGAUCCUCUGCAAUUGCCAAAAGUGACUGAGUUGAGACAACUCAAAAGUUAUCAUUUUCUCAGUUACAGACAGCUGCCUGGGCCAGUUAUCUUGGCUGCAGGUCUUCUUUUAAUACCAUUCGUCAUUCUUCUACUGUCUGCUUUUUGAAGGGUACUCAUUUCAUAGUGUUCCUUGCUUAUAUCUGAAUAAACCCGUGUAGUCUGUAAAUUAUUUAAGGAGGGUAAUUUAUCGCUCAGAAGCUGCCUCAGUCGUCUUCCUCCAUCCUCUCCUGCUCCUAACCCGUCAUUAUAAUGGAAAACAAUGGAAUUAUGGGUAUCCUUGGGAUCUCUCUGCCCCUCAGACCAUUAGAAACAAAUGUAGUGUCUGUGGAGAAAAGAUGUAGAUCAAUAUAUCAUCCUCCACAAAUCUUUCCAGCUCCAGAAACCUGACGAAUUUCCUGUCCCUCUUCAGCCUCAAAAUUCCCCCAGUCUCAGCUGAUCUUCGGAGUAUACAAAGUUUCAGAAUUUGGUUCUGUGUAAGUCUCAGUAUGUUGGAAGGACCAGUUACUGAAAUUAUUGUUCUAGUCUGCAGGCCUCGUACAAAUAGAAUUCAAUGAACUUCGUUGGGGCUUAGUGGUAGAAUGUGGGAGGACCAGCAUGUGAUCAGGAAAUCGGCUUAAUUCAUUUUGAGAUCAAAGAGAGACAGAAUUGGCUUAAGCUUUUAUGUGAAUAAUGGUACAUCCAAUUGUCCUGAUCUUGUAGCAGAGAAAUAAAUUCCCAAAAAUAUGAUAAGGCUACAUUUGCAGUCCUGCAUACAUUUCUGGUCGCACUGCUAUAGGAAGGAUGUUAUUAAACUAGAAAGGGUGCAAAAAACAUUUACAAGGGUGUUACCAAGACUGGAAGGUUUGAGAUAACAAAGAGAGAUAAUAAGAAAAGCUGGGACUUUUUUUUCCCCUAGAGUAUUGAAUGUUAAGGGUAACCUUAUAGAGGUUUAUAAUGUCAUGAGAGGCUUGAUAAGGUGAAUAGCUAAAGUCUUUUCUCUGGGGUAGGGGACUACAAAACUAGAGGGCAUAAAUUCAAGGGGAGAGGAGAAAAGUUUAAAAGGGACCUGAAGGGCAACUUUUUCACGCAGAGGGUGGUGCGUAUAUGGAACGAGCUAUUAGACUUACAACAUUUAAAAGACAUUUGGACAGGUACAUGGGCAGGAAGGGUUUAGAUGCAUAUGGGCCAAAUGCAGCCAAAUAAGAUUAGUUCAGUUUAGAAAACCUGGUUAACAUGGACUAGUUGGGCCAAAGGGUAUGUUUCCAUUGCUAUAAAAAUCUAUGACUCUAUUUCAAGGCCUUUAAGGUCUUUGAGCUUCCAUUUAGUCCAUGUCUUUACCAGUUCAAAUCUUCAUUUUUCUAAUGCCACUUUAAUUUGUCGCUUUGAUCCCACUUUCUGUAAAUUACAGCACAUUCAGAGUGCUCUUUUAUGCUUCUGAUCCACAUUCGUUCCCACACUCGCAUCACACCAUCCUUUCCAAGCCUCUGUUUGUCUCAGGAGAACAGUUACAGAUUUAAUAUUCACAUUUCUAAGCCCGUUGUGAAUCCACUCUGCCUGCCCUGAUCUCUUAGUCAUACAUUCAUGAUUUGUGCACCUUAUCUGUCAUCGACCGCUGUUCUAGUCAGUACAUCCUCAUCCUCCUUUCUUAUCAUUUUUGACUUCAACUUUGUGAAUUAUUUCCCAGUAAAGUUGUGGAUGUUUUAGUAAGGUCAAAUAUACCGAUUCCCAGUAGACAGGCUAUGUUUUAUGUUCCUUUGAGAAUUGCUAUUUUUACACAAUUUUUGAAGUGUGAUAGAAGGAUUUCACUGAACUGUCAAAGUCCAGGAAUUGUCACACCAAUUCAAGAUGGGCUAUAACUUAGCCACUCUGCCUUCUACUGUUGGGAUUUAGUUACAGUGGCCCAAUGUCUAGACAGUCUUCUUUGGUAAAUGUUUUCUCAUCUAAAUAUAUCUGCUGUUCUUUUUCCAACUUAAUCGACUGGUUUGAUCUCAACUACAUUGCUCCUUUGACGUAAUUAAAUCUUACCAACUGCUUUGGUAAUAUUACCCUGAGUUAUGUUGCAACUUGACUCUCCAGUACAGUACUGAAAUAGUAUUGCAUUGUUAGAGAUAUUAUCUUUCAGGUGAGACAUUAUACUGGGGCCCAAUGAGUCUUUUAAGGUGGAUGAAAUAGAUCCCAUGGCAUUAUUUGAAGGACAGCAAGGGGUUUAUACCGAGUGUUCAUCCCUCAGUUAAUAUCACAAAACAGAUUAUUUAAUCGUUGUCACAAACUUUUUCUUGGGACAUAUUUGAUGAGGACAAAUUGGCAGGUGUGUUUCCUACAUUACAACAGUAGGUAUAUUUUGUAACUACUUCAUUGACGACAAAACAUUUUGGGGCAUCCAUUGGUAGUAAAAAAAUACUAUAUAAAUACAAGUCUUAUUUUCUUUGGGAGUGCCUUUAAAUGUACUUUGUACCCUCUUGGUGUAGUCAAAAAAUGAACAUCACAUGCCCAUCUCUCUAUCACGAAACUAUCUACCUCCAGUCCCAUAAAAUUGCCUACCAUUGAACAUACUGUAACAAACCUGUUACUGAAAUUCUAAUCCAUACUUUUAUUCUCUUUAGAAUCAACUGUUCCAAUGUUCUAAGUAAAAGUGAAUACUGGAGUGUUCUCCUGAGCACUUUCCAAUCUCCACCCAUUGUAAACAUCACUUCAUCUGAAACUCUGACCAUAUCCAAGUGUCUAUCAAGACCCUUUCACCUGUCAUCUUCUCAGGGCCAUUAGGAUGGGAAGUAAGUUUUAGCCUGACCAGUAACCCUCACAUCCCAAAUCCACAAAAAAUAAAAUUGCCCUUAUUCUUGAUCUUGCAUUUGCUUCACAAUCCCUAUUACACAAAUUUAAAAUUCUCAUCCCUCGCUUUAAAUCUCAAACGUGGUCUUGCAUUCUCUAACUGUAGUCUCUGAUAGCCUUGUAACCUGCGUACACAUACCUAUGCUGCUCACCACUGUACUUUCACCCCAUUAUUAGAUGUUGUGCCAUUAUCCAUUCAGGCCUGGAACAUAGUAAUUAGGAGCAGAAGUAGACAAUUCAGGCUCUUGAGCCUGCACCGUCAUUGAAUAAGAUCGUGGCUGAUCUGUUAGUGUUCCAAAUUUGACAUUCCAUCCAUCCCAAUAACUUUGAUUCCCUUGCCUAGCAAGAAUCUAUCCACCUCCGCCUUAAAAAUAUUCAAUGACCCACCUGCACGGCUUUCUUUGCAAAUUUGCACAACCAUCUGAGAGAAAGAAUGACCCGUAAUUUUAAAACUGUCCCUAGUUGUGGGCUCAUGCACCAAUGAAAACAGUCAUUCCAUGUCUACUUUGUCAAGAUCAUUUAGGAUCAUAUACACUUAGAUCAAACCACCUCUUGCUCUUCUGAAUUUUAGUGAAAACAAAAUAAUCAGAAACAAAAACAGAAAUUGUUGGAAAACCUCUGCAGGUUUGGCAACAUCUGUGGAGAGAAAUCAGAGGUAAUGUUUUGGGUCCAAUGAGCCUUCUUCAGAAACUUCUGAUGGGGAUUGAACCCACUUUGUUGGCAUUACUCAUCUCCGUCUUAUGAAAGAGCAGCCUGUGGUCCUUUGGAACUGUGGCAACUUAACACUUAAUUGUAGUACAGCAGUAAACACUUAUUUUACACAUUGAUGGAACAAAUGUUUCCUGUUGACAGUCUGAAUCACUGAAAAGACAUUGUGACUACAGUGCCCAUUGUACACUAUAAGUUCUACUGCACAGUCAGUGUGGUACUCCCCAUUCCCACUCCCAGGGUCAGUGUAAUAUUCCCUAUUCCUGUACCCAGGAUCAUAGAGUAGAGUAAUACAGCAUGGAAACAGGCCCUUUGGCCCAAACUGGUCCAUACUUACCAUGGUGCCCACUCACCUAGUUCCAAUUGCCUGCAUUUGGUCGAUAUAUUUCUAAACCCUUCUCAUCCAUGUACCUAUCCAAAUGUUUUUUAGUGUUGCUAUUGUACCUGCGUCAACCACUUCCUGUGGCGGUCCAUUCCAUAUACACACCACUGUCUGCAUGAAGAAGUUGCCCCUCAGGUUCUUCUUAAAUCUUUGCCCUCUCAUCUUAAAUCUGUGCCCUCUAGUUUUCAAUUCCCCAUCCAUGAGAAAAAGACUAUAUGCAUUAAUCCUAUCUAUGCCCCUCAUUCACCUACGUUCCAAGGAAUAAAGUCCUAUCCUGGCCCACCUCUCCCUAUAACUCAAGCCUACUAGUCCUGGCACCAUCCUCAUAAAACUUCUUUGCACAUUUUCUAGUUUAACUAAGUCUGUCCUAUAACAGGGUGACCAAAACUAUACACAAUAUACAACUGUAACAUAACAUCCCAACUCCUAAACUCCAUGCCUCGACUGAUGAAAGCCAGCAUGCUAACUGCCACCUUCACUACCCUGUCCAUCUGUGACGCCACUUUCAACGAACUGUUCACUUGUACACGUAGGUCCCUCUGUUCCACAACACUCCUCAGGACCUUACCAUUUAUUGUAUAAGCCAUCCCUUGGUUUGACUUUCCAAAGUGCAACACAUCACACUUAUAUGUAGUGAUUUGGAGUUGCCAGUCCUCAGCCCACUUCCCCAUCUGAUCAAGAUUCCUCUGUAAUUUUUAAUAAUCUUCCUUGCUAUCAACAAUACCUCCUAAUUUUCGCAAACUUACUAAUCAUGCCUUGUAUAUUCACACCCAGCUCAUUUAUGUAAAUAACAAAGGUCCUAACACAGGCCCCUGUGGCACAGGAGUCACAGGCUUCCAGUCCAAGAAACAACCUUCAACCAUCACCCUCUGCUUCCUACCAUCGAGCUAAAUUUGAAUCCAAUUAGCUAGCUCUCCCUGGAUCCCAUGCGACCCAACUUCCAUGACUAGCCUGCCGUACGGGACCUUGUCAGAUGCCUUACUGAAGUCCAUAUAGACAGCGUUUACUGCUCUACCCCCGUUUAUCCUCUUGGUUACCUCUUCAAAAAAUUCUUAGAAGAUUUGUCAGACAUGACUUCCCGUGCACAAAUCCAUGCUAACUAUCCCUAAUCAGACCUUGACUAUCCAAAUGUUGGUUGAUCCUUCCCUCAGUUUCCUCUCCAAUAACUUGCGUACCACUGAUGUCAGGCUCACUGGCCUGUAGUUCCCCGGCUUGUCUUUGCUACCUUUCUUAAACAAUGGAACAAUAUUAGCCAACCUCCAGUCUUCCAGAACUUGUAAACUUGCUCUCGAUGGCUAAUGUAUUUUCCCCUGACUUCUCGAUGACCCCUCUCUUAUUCAGAGCCCACCCCCCCCAAUCAAACUAGUUUAAACCCUCCCGGGUAACACUUGCAAAUCUCCCCAAGAGGAUAUUAGACCCCCUCCAGUUCAGGUGCAACAUAUCUCUCUUGUAUAGGUCAUCUCUACCCCAGAAGAGAUCCCAGUGAUCCAAGAACCGAAAACCCUGCUCUCUACUCCAGCUCCUUAACCACACAUUCAUCUGACCUAUCAUUCUAUUUCUACCCUCACUGGCACGUGGCACUGGGAGUAAUCCUGAGAUUACUACCCUUGAGGUCCUGUUUUUUAACUUCUUACCUAACUCCCUGUACUCAUUUUGCAGGACUCCAUCCCUUUGUCUAUCUAUGUCAUUUGUAUCGAUGUGCACAAAGACCUCUGUUCACCCUCCCCAUUCAGAAUGUUCUGCAACCACUCAGAGACAUCUUUGACCCUAGCACCCGAGAGGCAGGACACCAUCCUGGUGCCUCUUCUAUGGCCACAGAGUCUCCUGAAUGUACCCCUCACAAUUAAGUCUCCUAUCAGUAUCUCUCUGUCUUGACUGCACCCUUUCACUGUGAGCCUCAGAGCCGGUCACAGUGCCACCGAGCUGACUGCUGUUGCUAGCCCCUGAAAGGUCACCCCCUACAACAGUAUCCAAAGUGGUAUAGAUGUUAUUGAAAGGAAUGGCCACAGGGGAACCCUGCACUAUCUGCCUUCCCCCUUUACCUCUUUGAGGUCACCCAGCUAUCUGCAGUCUGCAUCUUAGGAUUGACCAAUUCACUACAGCUUUUAUCAAUGAUGUUCUCUGCACUCCAGAUGAUCCUGAAUGCAUCGAGCUCCAGCUCCUGACAGGCAGGAUUGGGGAACAGUUCCCCAACGGCUCCAUUUCUUAACAACUCCAGUUCCCUAACAUGGUCUGUCAGGAGCUGCAGCUGCGUGCACUCCUCACAGGUGUAGCCACCAGGGAAACUGGAAGUUUCCCUGAUCUCCCACAUCCUGCUCGAGGAGUAUGCCACAGCCCUAACUGCCAUCCCGACUGUCUUCAGUCUAGAUAGAAAGAAAGUAGAAUUAAAGAGCCCUUACCUUUACCCCUGCUCAGCCUCCUCAUGCCAAAAAUUCUCCAGCAAAGGCCUCAGCACUUCCACUUUAACACUGACCCGCUUUCCUAAUGGCUCCUCCCUUGUACGCCUUUACUUUGCCAGUCGUCCUCACAGAGCCCUUUUUCUUUUGAUCAGAGGAGGAGGGAGGGUUGGAAGCACCAAUGUAGUGUUUCGGCUUUAACCAUACCUUGACACCAGGUUCUCUCUGACCUGCUAUACAGUCGUGAUGACUGGCGAUGUCCCCCAGAAUUCUGCUGUGAUAACUCGGUGUGAUACUCCCCAUUCCCACUCUCACGGUCAGUGUAAUAUUCCCCAUUCCUGUUUUUGGGGUCAGUGUGAUACUCCUCAUUCCCACACCCAAGGUCAGUGUGCUACUCCCCAUUCCCUCUACUCGACAAUUGUCAAUGUGAUACUUUCCACACCCACUCCCAGGGUCACUUUGAUACUCCCAGUACCCUGUCUUACGGUCAUUGUGAUAGCACCCCUUACACCCUGUCUCAGGAGCAGUGAGAUGCUCCCCACUCCUUAAUCAGGGACAAUGUAAUACUUCCCACUCCUUACCUCGGUGAUGGGAUGAUACUCUCCAUUCCUUGCCCCAGGGUCAGUGCAAAUCUUCCUCUUCUAUGCCCCAGGGUCAGUGUGAUAUCCUCCCACCUUACCCCAGGGUCAGUGUUGUAGCCCCCGUACUCCACCCCAGGGUCAGUGUUAUACCCUCCUCAAUCCCCACACCCUGCUCUAGGGUCCAUGUUAUAAUUCCCGCUCCCAGUCACAGUGUCAGUGUGACAGUCUCCAUUCCCAGCCCCAGGGUCAGUUUGAUAUUCUCUAUGCACUACCUCGGAGUCAGUAUGAUACUCCUCAUUCCUAGUCCCGGGGUCAGUAUGAUACUCUCAUCGCAUUGCCCUAGGGUAACGUUAUAUUCCUCACUCCCAGCCCCAGGAUCAGUGUGAUAGUCCCAACUCUCAGUUCCCACAUCUUUGUGGAAAUCCAAAUCCCUAGUCCCGGGAUCAGUGUGAUACACCCUUUCCUCCUUCAGUGUGAUGUACCUGACCGGUUUGUGUGCUGUGGUUUACUGGUAUCAGAGCUGUAUAUUUGGAUGACCAGGUGCUGCUGCAGUCCUGGUCCCACCAUUCCUGUGCUGUUGUGCUUUUUUCCCACAUUCAUUAUGACAGUUUGAGGAAACCACUUAUGUCCUGCAGGUGGCAGAUUAUCACUGUCAGUCCUUCAUUAACUCUGAAAUGUUUGUAUUUUAAUUUUUGUACAUUAUUCCUUCCUGUUCCACUCAUCUGCUGCCCUGGUUUAUGCAAUGUAUUUGAAACCAUGAGCAAAAUGCUGUUUCUUGCAGAAUGUGUGCCACUUACAGAAAUCACAAAGAGUACCACAGGCUGUAGAGCAAGAGCACUCUAGUAUCCUUGGUUCCCUGCACCACUCACUGCAAGGAAUGUCACAGCUUCUUUGUAAUGUACAGAACGCCUGGUUUGAUAGCAUCCAGUAUGGAUUUAAUAAUUUUAUAUUUUACCAAACUGCUGGUCAGUACUGUUCAGUGAGCACUAGCCAUUUCAUUCCCACUGUACAUGGGACUAAACUGAGUUAGAUGUAAAUUAUUGUUUAAAUCACUGUUUGAAGUGGAGAUGCUAAGAGGAGAGACUGAGCAGCUGGCUGAAGCUGUUUAAAGUGAGAAAUAAAAUGUAAAUUGGUUAUUGUCAUUAUCAGGAUUACGGAACAAAUCAAUCAUUACAACAAGAUCCCACAAUUCCAAGAUUUUGGAUGCUUUAUUACUUUGGAACAGUUUCAAGUAUUGUAGUGUUUCUUGUUGUGGUUGUCUGUAAUUUCAUACCUGUAAAUAAAUUGUAAUAUGACUUCUA